GCAUUAUGAGAAUUUCUAUCGGGUUCGAGGUUCUGCCUUUUUCUCACUAAACCUAAUUUUAGAAGCAGGAAGAUCCACCAGUGUUGGUACGAAGAAAUGGAAAGUAGAUAACAACACUGUUGAAUGGUUGACACAGAGGAAAGAAGAUGGCACGAGGAACAGAUUAUAAUUUUGAGCUCGGAGAAACGCUGGGAGAGGGCGCCUUCGGCAAAGUCUACCUGUGUUUUGAUAAAAAUAACGCCGACAAGAGGUAUGCUAUGAAAGUGAUAGAUCUAAGGAAAGCAACAUCAGAUGAACAGGAACUAGCAGAGAAAGAGGCCAGUUUGUUGACAGAUUUACAGCAUGAAUUCAUUCUGCACGCAGUCACAUCAUUUCAAGAUAACGGAGCCCUUUGUAUAGUGACUGAGUUCUGUGAUCAGGGUGAUUUGUCCCAAUUUCUGGAAAAAAGAAGCGGGAAACCUUUAGAUGAACAACGAAUUGUUGAAUGGUUUAGACAGAUUUGCAGUGCGUUAGAGUAUCUGCAUGGUAGAAAUGUCUUACACAGAGACAUGAAGACACAGAAUGUUUUCCUGACGGGUGAGGAGAUGACAGCAAAGCUGGGGGAUCUAGGACUGGCCAAAGUUUUAGAAAGGCCAACAGCGAAAGCCGUGACUUUCUGUGGCAGCCCUUACUACAUGAGCCCUGAGAUCUUUGCCUGUAAGCCGUAUGACUCUAAGAGUGACAUCUGGGCAAUGGGGGUGUGUGUAUACGAAAUGGCAACUCUGGAGCGACCAUUCGAUGCUACACUCAUGCAGCAACUGGUGUUUAAAAUUGUUCACGGUCAGUUACCGCCAAUGCCAAAAGAAAGAUACAGCGCACAGUUAAUUACACUGAUAGAGAAGAUGAUGUGUCGGGAAACAGACAAGCGGCCGUCUGCUUCACAGCUACUUCAGGAUGCGCUCUUCAAAAAUCAUCAAACACCAAAAGCACCCCCUACAGUGCCCCAAGGCAAAGGAGCAUUUGGUGGCGUGUCCAUGCGUGGGAACCCUGCACUUAUCAAUGCCCUCAAUCAGUCUCUGGUUCAUAAAUUUGAUAUGACGGAGCUGGUGGGAACUCUCAACGCAAAAGCAAACCAAGAAAAAAGGAAGAAGAAACCCAAACGAGCCAAUCAGGAUGGAUUUAGUUCAAUCUUACACACCGCCAACGUCUCCAACAAAUUCAUAGCCGCCAACUAUGAUGACAUGGAGAAAACAGUCACAGACAAGACCAUGAAGAAAGGAUUACACGAGAAGGGAAAGUUUGCGAAAAAUCUUCCACCCAAAUCCUCAGUGGCCAGUGCCUCGGACAUUUCACUGGAGGAUGAGGAUGACUUUGAGAGCACGAUGAAAGCUGACAAGGCUAGAGCAGCUCUGCCACCUCCUCCAGAUCCCCUCCAGAUGAUGAACCUGGUGGUCAGGACUCUGACUCAGGUGUUUCCUAAGGGAGCUGACGGAGGCAGUGAAGGCGCCCUUAGUUUACCCGAUACCUCAAAAAUGGAACCCGAAACUAUGUUGUUACAUCAAAUUGAACAGCUACAAAAGCAUUGCUGUCAAGUGCUAGGAUAUCGACUUUUUGCAAAGGCGUACGACCUACUGGACCAGACAGAUGACAAUAUGAAACUCGAGGAGAAGCUUAUUCGACUGCUCACACCCGAGAAGUUCGCUGUUGUGGGGGUUCAGCUUUUCUACUGCAAGAACUUUGAGUAUAAUCUGAACAAACUGAAGGAGGGAGACGGACAUUCGCACGCAUAAUCAGAAAGCUGGGAUAUCAUAUGUUGUGUUACAUAAUCCUGUCUGAUAAAUUAGGUUGAUGUGGUGGGGUAACAAUGCAUGAAUACUUUAUUCAAUUGUGUUUUAUUGCUAGGAAAUAUAAGGAGAGAUAUUUAAAAAAUAAACAUUUUGGCCAGUUUCAAUUGAUAUGACAAAUUGGUAAUAGGUAGUACUUUUGAUAUUUCCUAAUAUCCAAAUAUAAGUUAUGUUUUAUUUAAAUACAUGUACUUGCAAAAAUGAUUCAUAGAAUAACUCGGUGUCUGUCAUGAAAAAUUGUGAUUUGAUUGGAAUGACAGAUUUUUUUUUUACUAUUUUUGGUUACACAAAGUGAACAUGGAUUUUGUCAGUUCUGUAUGUUCAUGUUAAUGUUAUAUAUCAGCUUUAUUGUGAUAUGGUUUGUUUGGUGUGUGAUGUGGUAAAUUUCUCUCUAUCCAAUCAUAUUGCUUGUAAGUUGCAGGAUCAGGCAAAUUUAAAUUCUGCUGAAUUUAUUAGAAUAGACAAAUUUAUGAACUGACUGAUAAUGAAAAUAAUUGAAAGAGAAUUAGUUCAAGUUCUCUUUUAUAUUUCUCUAGUGUAUAAAUAACAAGUGUGAGAGUUUAUUUUGAAUUUAUUAAUUAAGAUAAUUAACAAAGUGUUUUAUCAGUGACAUGAAUUGUCUUCGCGCUAUUAUUAUUAUUUUCUGUGUGUAACAUACCCUAGUCUAUGGGAGUGCCGUCAGUCAGUCGUACAAUACUUGGGGUUUUUUUUAGAUAUAAAGUGCUGUACAUUAACAUGUAUAUGUACACUACAUUGUAUUAAUGUGUUGUCAUUAGAUAUAAUGGUGAGUUGUGUACAGAAAGUGUACUAGUUUUAUUGUUACCUACUGUUGACUCAUGGUUCCUGUGUUGUUACAGAGACAGGUUCAGGAAUGCUGUAAUACAUUACCGGUUUGUAGAUUUCAGACAUCCUAUUUUCCAGUGUAAACUUGUUUUUCCCCGUGUAAUUUGCUGAGAGACGUGUACUCAAUGUAUACUAGUGCUGUUGUCUAUUUAUCUGGUGGUAUACCUUGUAAAGCUCAUUUGUGGUAAUAUUAAUUAUUUUGCUAUUAAUCGAUGUAUACCUGCCAUGUAUAUUUGAUAGACAUGAUUUGAUAUGUAAUUUAGAGUUUUAUCUAUAAUUUUUUUUUUUAUUUGAUUUCACACAUGGGUAUGAGAUUUGUAUUUAUUUCUUUAGAAUGACUAAAUAAAUAUAUGUCUUUUUCCUGUAAAAAUAAUUUUCUACUGUUUACACAUGUCCUGUAUUAGUCUGUACCCGAUUUCUGAAUUGACAAUGUACAAGUUAAUAAAGUCUUUCAAUUCUUUGUUUAUAAGUCUGAAAUAGGAUAGAAAUUAAUAAAAAAAUUGAUAUGGAAUUCUCUAUAA